GCAGCGAGUGCGUGAUUUGAAUUUGAACAAAACGCACAACGAGCGUUCAGUCUUCCGCCGAUUGACUGUUGGUCACGCGUUGUGUGUUUACGAAUGUAGUUUUUCCGGGUUUGGCAGGCGACGCGAAAGGCGUGUAUCCUUGAACUUGUCGGACCGAGAGUGAAUCGCACGCGAUGUCAGACAGCGUCAAAGUGGCCAUCAAAGUUAGGCCGCUCAUCAAACGAGAAAGAGACGAGAAUUUGUCGAUACAAUGGAUGACUCAGGGGAACACCAUUGUGGCCACCGACGCCGAGUUGAGGAAACGAGCCGACGGUGGAUUCGAGUUCGAUCACAUUUUUGAUACCAAUGCCAGUAACAAUGACGUAUUUGAUAUCGUCAGGCCUAUUGUUGAUGCUGCUGUAAAUGGAUUUAAUGGCACAGUAUUUGCUUAUGGACAAACAAGUUCUGGUAAAACAUAUACUAUGAUGGGUACCUCAGAAGAACCUGGCAUAAUACCUAUGGCUAUUGAGCAUAUGUUUGACGCAAUAGCCAAUACUCCAAGACGCGAGUUUUUACUGAGAGUAUCAUACUUAGAGAUCUAUAAUGAAAAAGUCAAUGAUCUUUUAAACAAAGAUUCAAUUAAAGGUUUGGUAAUACACGAGGAUGUGAAUGGUCAGGUAUUUGUGAACUGUAAAGAGGAGGUUACUAAUUGUCCAGAGAAUGUUUUGUCGAUAAUGCACAAAGGUAAUAAAAACAGAAGGAUAGGUGAAACAAAUAUGAAUGAGCGAAGCAGCAGGAGCCAUACAAUAUUUAGAAUUACAAUUGAAAGUCGAGAAGUCGGUUCUACCUCAGAUGGUGCAAUACAAGUUUCACAAUUGAAUAUGGUAGAUCUUGCUGGUUCAGAAAGAGUACGGCAAACGAAUGCUACUGGAGAACGUUUUAAGGAAGGACGUCAUAUUAACUUGUCACUUUCUACAUUGGCUUUAGUAAUAAAGCAACUGAGUGAGUCACAAGACUCGCAAAAGUUUAUAAAUUUUCGAGAUAGUAAAUUAACGAGAUUGCUUCAACCUUCCUUGGGUGGUAAUGCGUUGACUGUCAUAAUAUGUGCAGUAACACCAGCUGCACUAGAUGAAACUCAAUGCACAUUGUCGUUUGCAGCUAGAGCUAGGAAUAUAAAGAAUAAACCUCAAUUAAACGAAGUUAUGUCCGAUGGUGUGCUUUUAAAACGUUAUGCAAAACAAAUAGAUAAGUUGCAUACAGAAUUAGAGAAAAUGAAACAGAUGACUCGAACAACUGACUUUGAAGAAAUGGAAUCUAAGAUACAAGAGAAAGAUCGCAUUAAUCAGAAUUUGGAAGAACGCAUUAGAUUAUUACAAACUCGGAUAAUCACUGCUGCUAAUUAUAAUAACACGUCAUUCAAAAGUAAAGAAAAAAGAAGACAGACUUGGUGCGGUUCUGGUGUAUAUAAACCAAAUAUAUCUGUGUUUCAAUGUGCACAUUUAUCACCAAUCAAAGAAAUGUCACCUAUCAAAUCGCAUAGCAGAAAUUCAGCUGAUUCAGCUGAUAUGUCAUUCCAAAUACCGAUUUUGGCUGAUUUUGAAGAAGACCUUUUGGCCAGUGAAGCAAAUCGCGAAGAAGAGAACGACAGCGAGGAUGAUACAUUUGUGAUAUAUCGUAAACGCAAUGUUAAAUUUAUAGAUGGCAUAGUCAGUCAUAAAUCGCCUAUAAACUAUGAUAAUGAUAGUGCUACAUAUGAAAAAGUCGACAUAUCUACUCAGACUAAAAGUGACGAGUCUCCUGGGACACCAAAGCAAAUGUUACGUGACAGAAUCCACAGUUUGUCAAAAGAAUAUUCUCAACUACAAGAAUUUACAACCUUGGAGAAACAAGUAUAUAAAGAAAAUGUUAAUUUUGAACUGCAAGAAAAACUUACAAAAUUUUCACAGUUGGAAAAAGAGUUGGAAAAUAUCAAAUCUGAUAAAGACUCUUUCGAACAUAUAGCAUCUGAACUUCGUAAAAAGUUAAUUGCGGCUGAAUUACGUUACACUGAAGCGGAAGAUCAAUUAAGCGUGCAAAUGGCAGAAAUACAAAGGAUACCAGAUUUAGAAAAGAAAAUUGCACAAUUAUCUACACAGGAGAUAGAAAUGCAAAAUAUUCCCGAGUUACAGAAGCAGAUAGUCCUUCUUACAUCCGAGAAAGAUGGGUACGAACAUGUGGCGUCUGAACUACGCAAAAAGCUUAAAGAAGCCGAACAACGCAAUAUUUUAUUAGAAGAUAAAUUAACAGUACAAAAUAUAGAAAAACCACUUAUACAACUCUCGCCAUUUAAAGAGACUGUUUCUUUUGAAAAGGAUGAGCUGCAAUGUAAAAUAAUUGAUCUUCAAAAUAAGCUAACUGAAACAGAAUUACAUAAUAAUUCAUUGAAAGAUAAAUUGGAUGAACAACAACAAACGGUACAAAAUCUUCAAGAAGAAAAAAAUGUAUUCGCUUCUGAAAUGCAACAUAAAUUGAGAGAAGCCGAAGAAACUAAUAAUUUGAUGAGAAAUAAAUUGGACGAACAACAACUGGAAAUAAAAAAAUUUCAAGAUCAAGAAAAAGAGAUUGCGCAGCUUAAAUCGAAGAAUAACGAAUUUAAACUUACUAUUGAUAAGCUCCAAGAGCAGUUAAUAAACACAAGAGCAGUAAUUGAUGUAAAGGAAGAGGAAAUGCGUAAAUACCAGCAAGAUUUAAAUAAACUUCAAUGUCUGGAAGAACAACUACAGGAUGUUAUGCAAGAAAAAAUGGAAUUUGAACGAGUCAAUAACGAAUUAAAGGUUCAGUUAAAAGAAGUAGAAUUGAUGAAUGAUUCAAUGAAAACUAAACUAAAUGUACAGGAGUUAUUCAUACAAAAGACCUGCGAUUUAGAGAAGCAGGUUGAAAUUCUUGCAAUCGAGAAAAAUGAAUGUAAAGGUAUAAUUAUUGAAUUCGAAGAAAAAUUGAAAGAAAAAGAAUUACUAAACAGUUCAUUGACUAGUAAAUUAAAUAGCUAUGAAACAAAUGUAUGCGAAAUUGAUAGUCUAGAGACAGAUAAAACUCUCGCAUCCAAUGAUAAAUCUGAACAGAUUAUUUCUGAAUUGAAAGAGAAAUUAACCAAAGCAGAAUUGAAUAAUAACACAAUCAAAGAGGAAUUAAAUGUACGACAAGCAGAAGCGGAGAAAACGAUUGAGGAACAGAAAAAAUGUAUUGAGAAUUUUACGAUUGAAAAAAGUAAACUGGAAGAUAUAGUUCGUGAACUGCAAGAAAAGUCGAAAGAAGCGGAACUGCAUAGCAAUUUAGUGAAGAACAGAAUAAACGAACAGGAAUUGCAAUUACAGAAGACUCAUGAUAUGAAAAAAGAGAUUGAACAUCUUACUUCGAAAAUGAAAGAGUUCGAGUCUACGGUUCAUGAGUUACAAGAGAAACUCGCUAAUGCUGAAAAUUGCAUUUCGGCGAAAGACGAAACUCACGAAGAACAAUUACAAAAGAUUCAAGAACUAGACGCACAAAUCAUAAAUCUGAGAUCUAAAAUAAGUGAAUACGAGCAGGUUUCUGCAAAAUCGUGUCAACAAUCGUUGAAGAGUCCCGAAAAGGAACUAACGGACGAUCGGAGUAAAGAUGACGAGAUUAAUCAUCUAAAGAGUCGUAUAAAUGAUUUGCAAAAUAUCAUAUGUGAUGUACAGAAUGAAAAUACAUAUUUGAAAGAACGGACAACAAAAAUAUCAGAUAAUGAGUAUGAUCUGAGCAACGGUGAUUCGUUGAAAGUUAUAGACGAAUUAUCAUCUACGAGAAUAUCUCUCGACGAAGAUAGCGCAAAAUUAGUAGCAGUAUCUGCAGAUCUGAUUGUGAAAACUCAGGAACUGGAUGAAAUAAAAAACGACGUGCAAGAUUUGAAAGCUGACAUAGAAAACUUGCAUCAGACGAUACAUUUAUUAACAACCGAGAACAGCGAAUUAGCAAGUAAAUUAUCAGCGGAAAAGGAAUACAAUGAGAAAUUGGCCGUUCAAUCUCAACAGAUGAUCGAUGAACUUCAUAUGAAAAAUUCAAAGAUGAUGAAUGAAAAACUCGAUUUAGAGAAUAAUUUAGCGAUUCUUAACGAACAAUUGGAAACCCUUCGCUCGGAAAUGCCUGAUAUGAACUUGAACGAAGAACAAAUAACUCACAAGUAUGAAGAAAAGAUUAGUGCAUUGACGGCAAAAAAUACAGAAUUGUUAUCCAGUAUUACAAAUAAGACGAAGGAACUUGUGUUGUUAAAAGAAAGUAAAUCGCUUUUGUAUGACCAUGAUUGCGCGUACAAGGAUAAAUUCACGGAUCUUACGGUGAAACAUGAAACAUUAACAAACGAGUACAAUGAACUUUCCACUGAUUUGAUGAACAAAAUUGAGGAAAUUGAAGAACUAAGACAAGCGUAUGAUAUCUUAAAUAGUAAAUUGGAAUUAUCAUUAAAAGAUAAAGAGAAUAUUGAUAAUAACGAUGUCGAGCAAUUGAGAAAGGAGAAUACUCAGUUGAAAGUCGAGAUGGUGGAGUUGAGAGUUAAUAUGAAAAAUUUAACUGAAGAAAAUUCGAAAAUGUCCAGUCAAUUAAUCGAUACUAUCGAAGAGUUGGAUAAUGUGCGAAAGUUAAAUCCUUCCAACAAUACUACAUUAUUUAACGAUACGAUGAACGAUACAAUGAAUAAGUCCGUAUUGGACGACGAUGCCGAAAAGAAGAUUUUAAAUUUGCAAGAGGAAAUUAAUCGCCUCAAGUAUCUUAAUACAAAGCUUAGCGAUUUAAAAUUAAGUGCCUGUACUCAGUGCACCCAUGUGAAUGAGUUAGAGCAGAGCCGGAGGAUGUUGAAGCUCGAAGUGAAGAGUCUUAAUCAAAAAUUGAAGAACAUGAACAAAACAUUUAACAGCAAAUCUGCAAAGAGCGAUGCGCUCAUUCUGAAGGCUAAAGAGGAUGUAAACGUAAGUUUGGGCAAUUUAUCUCUGAACGCCAGUAUUUCGGAGAACGUCAGCUUCGUUGAGGAAAGACUCCAAUCUCUAAAUAAUGAACUACAAAUUUUGAAAGAAGAUCAUAAUAAAUUAUCAGAUUUGUAUAAAGAGAAGUGUAACGAGGUUGAAGAGCUGCAGAACAAUACUAUCACGGAUUCAUUGUCGAUUGAUAUGAAUUCCAGCAUUAAGAAAUCUUCAAGUAGAACUUCAUUGAGGCUAGAAAAUAUUGCAAAAACUGUGAACAAUUUGCAAAAUGAUUUCAAGAGAAUCAAGGAAAACAACGAGAGCAUCAAGUCGGACCUGACAAAGUUCAUUAACGAGAAAGAAUCCAUUCAAUUAGAUGAAAUUAAUAUUUUGAGGCUCGCUAAUGAACAGCUGCUGCAAAAGUUGUCAGACAAUGAACUCGCGCAUACUAUUGCGUUGGAGAAAGCCAAUAUUCUUGAGAACGAGAUACAAGAUAUGACGAAAAAGUUACAGGAGUUUACCUUAAAAUGUAAACAGAUCGAGAAUGAAAAGCUGCUUGUCGAAGCUGAAGCGGAAAGUUUAAAAGAAGAAAAAGCAAUAAAGGAACGAACAGUGAAUGAGCUACGUCAGAGCUAUUCCUGUCUACAACGCGAAUUGGAUUUAGUGAAAGAAGAGAAAGAAUCACUAAACGAAGACCUCGUUGUUUUAGAGAAAGAAUAUAAGGAAAAACUAGAAUUACUAAAAGUAUCGAACAAAGAGUUAACUAAUUCUAAAGCAACUAUCUCGCAAGAAUUCGCUAAUUAUUCUAAAGAAUCGGAAAACAAAUUGACGGAGCUUAAUGAAAAAGUAAACAAGUGCACUUCUGAAAAUGACUACUUAAAACAGGAAAUGAUCAAACUACGCGGUAUAGAGGAUAAAUUUGAAAAAAUGAAAACUGAGUACCAAUCCAAGUUGCAGCAAGACAAGACGUUAGACGACGACAACAAGAAGCUUAAAAAUAUAUUGAACGAUACGUCGAAGAGUAUCAUUAAGGAGAUCAAAUCUCUCAAGCCUAAAGUCAACAAUCAGGAAUUCGCGGAUAAAUCGGUGACCGAGUUGUUUCAGAUAUUUUUGCAAACUAUUUUGAUGAAAGAGAAAGAGAUAAUCAAGACCAUGCAGGAACAGUUUGAUAAGGAAAAGCGAAAGCUCGAGGAUGAAAAACGGCAGAGCGUGGACGCGGAGAAACGUACGGCGUUAUGGGCGAAAGAGCUCGAGUACGAGAUAGAGAAACUUCAGAAGGAUUUGUCCGAACGAGAAACUGUAUCCAUGGAAUUGCGGAGGGAGAUCGCACGCCUGGAACGUGUUUUAGAAGAGAGCAAUUGCGAUAGGGAGGUAUUGAGACAGAAGAAUACCCUGCUCGAAGCAGAUCUCAGUAACUUGCAAAUUGAGUACAAUAAAUAUUCCAAGAUCGACACGGUGAACGAAGAGGCGAUUAUUACCGCGCAAAAACGAGAGAAACAAGCACAGGAGACGAUCAGAAGCAAAGAAACAGAAUUUCAGAUGAGACUAAAAUCAGAGAAAGAGGCCUAUAAUAAACGAGUCGAGGAUCUCGCAUGUACAAUAGAGUCGUUUAAGACGAAGAAUAUGGAACUGAUGAGUAACAUCGAGGGCCUCGAGGCCAAUCAGAAGCAACUGAAGAACAUUAUCGACUUGAAAAGUAGCGAAAUAAUGAAAAACAAUCAGAUUAUUCAGACAAUGCGGACCGAGAUGGAACACCUUACGGAAACUUACAACGAUUUAAAUAAGGAAUUAGAAGAGAAAGAAUUACGUAUUGCGGAAAUUAAAAAACAUUUGAAACUUAAAUGCGACGAGCUAACCGAGUAUAAAGCUAAUUUGGAGACGAUCGUGCCUGAGAACAAAUUGCUGAAGCAACAAAUUAGCGAGCGGAAAGCCAGCAUGGAGCAGUACAAGAUGGAAAUAGAGACUCUAAAACAAGAAAAUGAAAGGAAGAUCGACGCGGUUAAAGAUAAAUUGAACUUUGAAGAGCUAAAGAGCGUCGAGUUGCAGAAGCACGUAGCUGAAUUAAAUGAUAAAAACCUAGCUUUGAUAGAAGAAACGAACAGGCUGAGGGACGAUUACGCGACGUUACAACGUAAAUGCGCGACGUUAGAGAAACGUGUCAGGAAUAGCACGAGCAAGAGCCAAGCCGAGGAGCAAAUGGAAGAACUCAAAGACUUGAAUAGGUCCUUGCGAAAUAAUUUAGACGGUGCUAGCAAUCGAAUCACGGAAUUGCAAAUUGCGAAGACCGAUCUGAUGAAGCAACUGGUAGUUUUGAAUGGCCAAUAUGACGCGGCGUGUAAGGACAAUCAGGAGUUAAAGGAAACUCUGGCGGCGUACAAGUCCAGACACAAUGACACGUAUACAGCCUGUGAAAAGUACGACGACUUGUUGCAAGAAAAAAAUAAAAUCGCAUUGGAAUUAGAAGCGAUGAAAGUUCUGUUAAGUCAGAAGAAUAAGGACGUCGAGGCUUAUAUUAGCAAGAUAAAGGAUCUGACAGAGAAGAACGUGGAACUCGAUCAAGAAUCGGAAGAGUUGGCGGAAGUUAUUCGCGAGCACGACGCCGAGAACGCGAGACUGCAAGAUCAGUUGUACUCCUGUCGCGCCGAAAUUGACGAGUUACGGGACAAAAUCAAAGCCCUCGAAAGUAAAAAGCAGGAUCGAUUGCAAUCUUCACAGAGAACAAACGUAUCUGAUACGGCUGAAAAGUCUCAUAAUGACGAAUGUAAUUGCGCGACGUUAAAACAGAAGAUACGGGAGUUACAACUGGAAGUGGUAUCGAAGAAUGGAAAAAUCGCGACAUUGGAACUGCAAAUACGCAGCGGAAGUUUCCCUUAUGAGACGAAGUGUAAAGAACUACAGGAGCAUCUGUUGGCAUAUAAUAACAAAAAUAGCGAGCUAAAAGCCGAAAUUAAACGACUGCAGAUGGCCAUGCUGCGUACAAGUGCAAAGGAAUGUGAGGCAUGCAAACACAGGCUUGUAAAUAGGGUAGAUGAAGCAUGUCAAACGAUGCCGAAUAAUAUGUUGCGAUUUUGUGGCACGAGCAGCGGUAUAAUUGAUGAUGAUGUACGAAUAACGAAAUUGGAGAAAGAAAAGCAAAUUAUGAAGGAAUUAUGUCGAUCUCGAUCCAAAACUAUAAAGGAACUUGAAAAACAAAUAGAGGAGUAUGCAAACUUAUUAUGUUUCAAGAAUUCAUGAUUUGUGGAAACGUUCAAUUGCAUUACACCAAUUUUUGACCAAAUUUUUGUCGAAGUUAACGUUAAUAAUGAUAAAAUAAUAAUGAUAUGGAUAUCUCUAUCAUGUAAGUGUUUGACGAUAAUUAGGUCUAAAAGUUUCCGUAAUAUAUAUGAAGCAUAUAAAAUAUACAUGUAAAUAUUGUAUUUUUAAUAUUACGAUAUA